GUUUUAGAAGCGGAAAUGAACCGAUGAGCUGCUCCUCUUGUCUACAUUCAUCACUAAUUUGUGAGCAUUUAGUGUAAAUAGGUCAACAAACACACGGCAGAAGAUGUCGGAAACGGGGAACCGACUCCGGAAGCUGCUCGAAUCGCCAAAUUUCGACCCUCAGAAUUACGUGAAGCAGCUGUCCCAGCAGUCCGAUGGCGACAGAGACCUGCAGGAGCACCGCCAGAAAAUCCAAAACCUGGCCGACGAAACGGCUCAAAACCUGAAGAAAAAUGUCUACAAGAACUACAGACAGUUCAUCGAGACGGCCAAAGAGAUCUCGUACCUGGAGAGCGAGAUGUACCAGCUGAGCCACAUCCUGACGGAGCAGAAGAGCAUCAUGGAGAGCAUCACCCAGGCCCUGCUGUCCACAGAUAAAGAUGAGACCUCCAAAGAGAUGCAGGCUGCUUUCCCCAAGGAGACGGAGGAGCUGAAGCAGAGGACGCUCACCUCCCUGCUGGAGAAGGUGGAGGGGGGGAAGAACAUCAUGGACACCCCAGGGAGGCACCUGGUCUACAACGGGGACCUUGUGGAGUUUGAUGUUGACAACAUGUCCCCCAUCCAGAAGGUGCACGCUUUCCUCAUGAACGACUGCCUGUUGAUCGCCACCUGGCUGCCGAACCGCAGAGGAACCGUGAAGUACAAGUACAACGCCCUGUACGACCUGGAGAGCUUCGCCGUGGUCAACGUGAAGGACAACCCUCCCAUGAAGGACAUGUUCAAGAUCCUCAUGUUCCCCGACAGCCGCAUCUUCCAGGCGGAGAACAGCAAAAUCAAGAAGGAGUGGCUGGAGAUCCUGGACGAAACCAAGAAGAACAAAGUGACCAAGGACCGGCACAAGAAAGAGGAGGAGGUGGUCCCCGUGUCUCCCGUGAGGGCCGAGGUGUCCACCAACCCGUUCGACGAGGAGGAGGACGAGCCGGCGGAGGCUGAGGAGAACGUGGACCUGACUCUGGAGUGGAUCCAGGAGCUGCCGGAGGAUCUGGACGUCUGCAUCGCUCAGAGGGACUUCGAGGGCGCCGUGGACCUGCUGGACAAGCUGAACGAGUAUCUGAAAGACCAGCCGGUCACGCCCAGAGUCAAAGAGAUGAGGCUGAAGGUGGAGGAGCGCGUGCGGCAGCUGACGGAGGUCCUGGUGUUCGAGUUGUCUCCGGACCGGUCUCUUCGUGGUGGACCCAAAGCGACCAGGAGGGCCGUGUCCCAGCUGAUCAGACUAGGUCAGUCCACUAAGGCCUGCGAGUUGUUUCUGAAGAACCGCGCCGCUGCAGUCCAGACGGCCAUCCGGCAGCUUCGUAUAGAAGGAGCCACGCUGCUCUACAUACACAAACUCUGCAACAUCUUCUUCACCAGCCUGCUGGAGACGGCCAAGGAGUUCGAGAUGGACUUUGCGGGGAACACGGGCUGCUACUCCGCCUUCGUGGUCUGGUCCAAGUCUGCCAUGAGGAUGUUUGUGGACGCCUUCAGCAAGCAGGUGUUUGACAGUAAGGAGAGCCUGUCGACAGCAGCGGAGUGCGUUAAAGUGGCGAAGGAGCACUGUCAGCAGCUGACGGAGAUCGGCCUGGACCUGACCUUCACCCUGCAGUCUCUGCUGGUCAAAGACAUCAAGGCGGCGCUGCAGAGCUACAAUGACAUCAUCAUCGAAGCCACCAAGCACCGAAACUCUGAGGAGAUGUGGAGGAGGAUGAACCUCAUGACCCCCGAGGCUCUGACCAAACUCAAGGACGAGAUGCGCGGCUGCGGCAUCAGCAGCUUCGAGCAGUACACGGGAGACGACUGCUGGGUGAACCUGAGCUACACCAUCGUGGCCUUCACCAAGCAGAUGAUGAGCUUCCUGGAGGAAGGCCUGAAGCUCUACUUCCCCGAGCUGCACAUGGUGCUGCUGGAGAGCCUGAGGGAGAUCAUCCUGGUGGCCGUGCAGCACGUGGACUACAGCCUGCGCUGCGAGCAGGACCCCGAGAAGAAGGCCUUCAUCAUGCAGAACGCCACCUUCCUCCACGACAUCGUGCUGCCCGUGGUGGAGCGGCGGUUCGAGGAGGGCGUGGGCAAGCCGGCCAAACAGCUGCAGGACCUGAGGAAGAGCACCAGGCCGGUCCGGAUCAACCCGGAGAGCACCACGUCGGUGGUCUGAGACCGCAGAGAUGGAUCGUAGUGGCCAAAAAACUCUUAAAUGCUCUUUUACUGACUGAUCUCCGACUCCUAUUUUAUAAAUAACUGCUAGAUGUUGGUUAUUUUCAGGUUUCAAGACAAAAAAAAUGCAGGAUGCAUCGUGGAGAACAGCAGAAUAUGAUACCUCAUGAUAGGUAUGUGUAAAAAAGUGAAUUUGCACCUGAAUUUGCACCAAUUCCCACAAAGAUAUUAGAAAUCCCUAUAAGAUGAAACUUUAAAUUCAUUUUUUUAAUGAAUACAUGGCUCUUGAGGACAUAUUUCACACAAAAACUUGAUAAAUAUGUUAAAUUGUGAUCAAAUUUAUGAUGUAAAGUUCUCUCUGAAAUGUCAUUAACACAAUUGACUAGACAGAUUUAGUCAGAAAUCCUUAUGAAAUAUGUGCGUACUCGUGAAACGCUAAUGUUUAUGCUUAAGUUGGAAGUAAUGCAUAAUGAUGUUUUGAUUCAAACUCACCCAACUUUCAUUUGUUUGAUGCUACUGGACUGUUAGGAGACACUAAAUAGUCUCAUAGGACUGAUUAAAAGGGACGACUGAAAAGAAAAUGCACUGGUGAAUGUUUAAUGUAUGAUAGUCAAAGUUUGUGCUUGACAAAAACACAUGAAAUUCAAUAAAGAUCUUCAUG